AUGAAGGGAAACUCACUGUUGGCAUCGGCCCUGGUGGCUGGCACCGCCUCUGCCGGCGUGCACAAGAUGAAGCUCCAGAAGGUCUCCUUGUCCGAGCAGCUCGAGGGCAUGAGCAUUGAGGACCACGUCCAGCGCCUCGGCCAGAAGUACAUGGGUAUCCGCCCACAGAACCGCCUCAACGAGAUGUUCAAGGAGACAUCCGUCCACGCCGAGAAGGGCCACCCCGUCGCCGUCGACAACUUCCUGAACGCCCAGUACUUCAGCGAGAUCGAGAUCGGUACUCCACCACAGAACUUCAAGGUCGUGUUGGACACUGGCAGCUCCAACUUGUGGGUGCCCAGCCAAGAUUGUGGUUCCAUCGCCUGCUACUUGCAUUCCAAGUACGACCACAGCGAGUCGAGCACAUACAAGAAGAACGGGUCAGAUUUCGCCAUCAGAUACGGCUCGGGCAGCCUUGAAGGCUAUGUCAGCCAGGACACCGUCGCCAUUGGUGACCUCAGCAUCAAGAAUCAGCUCUUCGCUGAGGCUACCGCGGAGCCAGGUCUUGCCUUUGCAUUCGGCCGAUUCGAUGGCAUCUUGGGUCUGGGCUAUGACACCAUCUCCGUCAACGGCAUUCCACCGCCAUUUUACAACAUGAUUGACCAAGGCCUGCUUGACGAGAAGGUCUUUGCGUUCUACCUCAGCGACACCAACGAGGGCAGCGAGUCUGAGGCUAUCUUUGGCGGUGUUGACAAGAGCCACUACUCCGGCGAUCUCACUAAGAUCCCUCUCCGCCGCAAGGCCUACUGGGAGGUCGAUCUCGAUGCCAUCACCUUCGGUGACCAGACCGCCGAGAUCGACUCCACUGGUGCCAUCCUCGACACUGGAACCUCCCUUCUCGCCCUUCCAUCUACUCUUGCUGAGCUCUUGAACAAGGAGAUCGGUGCCAAGAAGUCGUACAACGGCCAGUACACCGUCGAAUGCAGCAAGCGUGAUUCCCUGCCAGACCUUACCUUUACCCUGACUGGCCACAACUUCACCAUCGGCCCAUACGACUACAUUCUUGAGGUCCAGGGCAGCUGUAUUAGCGCCUUCAUGGGCUUUGACAUCCCAGAGCCAGCUGGCCCACUCGCCAUCCUCGGUGACGCUUUCCUCCGCAAGUGGUACUCCGUUUACGACCUCGAGAACAACGCCGUUGGUCUCGCCAAGGCCAAGUAA